AUGAACUCCCUCAGCUAUGUUUCGUCCUUGUACCGACGCAAGGAGAAGCAAGAGCCAGACUUCACUGUUAAGGAAAUAAUGGUGUCUGCAUCAGAAAACCAAUCCCCACAAGUUGGGGUAUUGCCCAACAAAACUUUUGCGGAUCACAUCUACUCCGUGCUUGUGUUUGUGCCCAAGUAUACGAUCUACUAUCCGUUGUAUUACGUGAAAUGCAUACUCUUUCUGACAAUGGCAUAUCCGUUCCGACUUGUUGUGAUGUUGCUGCAUUGCUUUUUCAUACAGGAGGAAAAUGAUGAGUUUUCAGAUCAGCAUUUUAGUGAGACUGGGAUUGAGAAUGAUCGGGGGGAAGAAGAGCCCAGCAGGGUGAACGGUGACGACGGCUGUGACGAGAGCUUACUUGAAGAGUUACAGAAAAACGUCCAGGAACAGCAGCCAUUGGCAUCUGCCAAGGGGAGAUACACCUCACAAUAUACGAUUCCCACAAUUGUGGAGGAAGAUAUGGGUUUGGAGAAUGACGAUUACUUUAAAUCACCUCUUGACUCAAAUCCAAAGGAGGCUAAGUCAUCGGAUACAGAUAAACUACUCUUGCAGAAGAAAAAAACACGCCGAAAAAAGAAGUUUGUAUUUCCCAAAUUACUGUUUGAUUUUGAUAUUAACAAUCCACCUCAACUGCCAAGGAAAACAUUAGUGCUGGAUUUGGAUGAAACCUUGAUUCAUUCCCUCUCCAGAUACAACUCGUCAACUUACAGUAAAAAAGGACGAGCCAUUGAGGUAAAAGUAAAGGGCAGUAUUCCAACCUUAUACCAUAUCUAUAAACGUCCAUACGUGGAGGAAUUUCUGUCAGUGGUGUACCAAUGGUUUGAUUUGGUAUGCUUCACAGCGUCAAUCAAAGAAUAUGCUGACCCGGUAAUAGAUUAUUUGGAAGAGCAGGUGCUGGCAAAAGAUAUGUUGAAGAAAUCCAUCAAACGUUCCAAAAUGGAAAUGCCAACACGGAUAUUCUCCAAGAGGUUUUACAGGGACUCUUGUAUAUUUGUCGAUGGAAAGGGUUAUAUUAAGGAUUUGUCUGUUUUGGUUAAGUCAGGCAGAAUGAGAUCGUCAAGCUUAUCAUCUAAUGUCUCUGGUAGAAGUACCUCUAAGGGAAUAUCAAAAGAGAAAGACUAUUCUAAGGUUAUUAUUAUUGAUAAUUCUCCAAUUUCUUACGUUAAACACCAAGACAAUGGCUUGAUGAUUGAGGGUUGGAUAAAUGAUCCUGAUGAUACAGAAUUGAUGAAUCUACUACCCCUCUUACAUAGCCUUCGCUUUGUUAGUGAUGUUCGUUGUAUUCUUGGCUUGAAAAGUGGCCAGCAAGCUUUUCGCCAAUAG